UGUAAAAUAUGGUAUCAAACCGCCGCGUCAUGUGUGCGCUGUCAAUGCGCAGGCGCCAAGUUCUUUUUCUAUGUUCACUCCACCUUUUCCCUUUCCCCUUUCGCUUUAUAUAUACGUGCAUUAAACACCUGUGCGUUGUUCUCGGCUAACCACUGGGUCGUCAACGUCUCCCUUCUUACAUGACGGCAGCUACGAUGCCGCUGCUAUGUUACAGUGGCGACGAGCCAGGAAGACACCCACGCAGUCAAGGUAGAACCCGACGCUAAGUACCCGCAGACAGCCGUACCGCUGACCACGAUGGCCUCCCACAUGCUUCCGAACUUCGACGACGCCGCAGAUAAGUGGAAGCCUUACCUCAUCAAAGUGGAAGCGUAUUUUGAAGCUAAUGCCAUUUCGGAUUCUACUAAGAAGAGGGCACUUCUAGUGGCUGCACUUAGCACGUCGACGAUCCAAAUCCUAAUGGGAAGGAUAGCACCUGCAAAGCCCAAUGCCCUAAGCUAUGACGAAGUAGUCAGGGUGUUAAAUGACCACUAUGACCCAAAACGCAACGAAAUCGCUGAAAGUUUCCAGUUUUUCAACCGCUGUCAGCAGGAGAAUGAAUCCAUUCAUGAUUUUUUCGUUGCAAUUCGGCGCAUAGCAGACAAUUGUAAUUUUGGCGACUCGCUGAGCAGGCUACUUCGUGACAGAAUUGUCUGUGGCGUGCGUUCAAAGGCCGUGCAAAAGCAACUUCUGUCAAAGAAGGAAUUAACGCUGGAGGAAGCGGAGUCGAUAGCAAUAGCCGCUGAAACUGCCGAAAAAGACGCCAGGACAAUGUCCGUAGACGUACCGCCUGUGCUUAAAGUGGAAGCGCAUCGCAAGCUACCAUCGAGAUCAAGCACGGAAAGCGCAGGGCGACUGGAGUGCGGAAGGUGUGGCAGUUUUAGACACGACAGCAACAGCUGUCGAUGGGCUAAAGCUAUAUGUUACUCUUGUGGUCAGAGGGGUCACUUGGCAAAAAUGUGUCACAGCCGCAAUGGUAACGGUGUUCCCAGCAAUCGGAGAGUCCAUCACGCGAAAGCCUUGGCGGUGGAAGACGCCGUUUCAGAAGAGGACAACAGCGAUAGUGCGCACAUCUGGACGUUGGCGUCAGCACGAAAGAAUGCUCUUCAGCCACCAAUUAGGCGUACGUUUAGUUGGGGAGGCGUGGAUUUAUCCAUGGAAGUGGAUACUGGUUCCCCGGUGUGCGUAAUAUCGCGACAGCUUUUUGAUAAACAUCACAAAUGCUGGCCAAGCUUGCAACCUUCACACGUGAAGCUAUCCUGCUACAAUGGAAGAUUACCGGUGGUGGGCGAGCUUCAACUUUGUGUGAAAUACCGCGAUAUUUCCGUUAACUGUGCCCUUGUAGUGCUAGACUGCCCCGGACCAAGCUUGUGCGGCCGAGAUCUGCUAAUGCUCCUGGAACAAGCGGGCGUUCCGGUACUACAAGUGACGGGUGAAGGCGAGGCCACGGGGGAUCAAGUGGACUGUCACAGGAUCCAUGCCAUCUGCGACACAUACCAGGACGUUUUCUCAGAAACCUUGGGGUUGAUCAAGGGACCACCAGCCAGCCUCCUGCUGAAGGGCGACGCUGUUCCCAAAUUCUGUCGAGAGUUCGUCCUCGUUAGCGACCACCAGCCACUUCUAGGACUGCUGAGGCCCGACCGCCAGACGCCUGCCAUGGCUGCAGCUCGCAUCCAACGCUGGGCCCUGUACCUGGGAGGCUACCGUUACAAGCUCGAAUAUGCUCCGGGAAGGCUGCUACUGAAUGCGGAUGCACUGAGCAGACUGCCUCUGCAGGGCUCCGAUCUCGUCACGGAACCUGACCCUGAAGAGUACGUAUUUUGUUUGAAAAGUCUGGAUGAAGGGAUAGUCACAACACGUGAGCUGAAGGAGCUGACCGCCAAUGACUCAACCUUAGCUCGCGUAAAGCAAAACGUGUUACACGGGUGGCCGAAAGGCGCAGAACGACUUGACCCUUCCUUGGCUCCCUUUGCUGAUCGCAAGUUAGAGCUAUCUCUGGCACACGAUCUCGUCUACUGGGGACACCGUGUCGUCAUACCUGUCGCAGCGCGUAAGCGCUUGCUACAAUUAUUGCAUGAAACGCAUCAGGGGUCCUCGGCAAUGAAAACAGUUGCGCGGUCCUUGUUUUGGUGGCCAGGAAUAGACCGCGAAGUAGAGCGCACGGCAGCUCAAUGCGAGAACUGCAUUGCCAAUUUGCCUAUGCCACCAGCGGCCCCGCCGUUAAGUUGGCCUCAAACGCAGGAGAGAUGGUCGCGGGUUCACGUCGCCUUUGCAGGACCAAUAGAAGGUAAAAUGGUUCUCGUGGUAGUAGAUUCCCCCACUAAGUGGAUAGAAGCAGUGCCGCUGAACCAGGCUACUUCGACAACCACCAUUGACUGCCUACGGGAUAUAUUUAGCCAUUUCGGGGUACCAAGAACCCUCGUAUCCGACAAUGGAACUCAGUUCACCAGCCAGGAAUUUGCAACGUUUGCUGACAGGAACAACAUUACACACCUAAGAACCGCACCCUAUCACCCGCAAUCAAACGGAGCGGCGGAGAGGGCAGUACGGACAAUCAAGGAUGGUCUCCGGAAGAUGCGACGCGGAAAGCUGGAGCAUAACCUUACACGUUUUUUGCUUAAUUACAGAAGGACUCCCCAGAAAACCGGAAAGUCGCCAUCGGAAAUGCUGCUGGGUUACCAGAUACGAUCGCGCCUGGACACCUGCUUCCCUGCGGCGACUGUGUCUAAUUCUAAAAAGGAAAACGACGAGUGGUUGCCUCCAACGGACUGUAGUGUACAUGUCCGCAACUACGGGUCAAAUGGUAAAUGGAUACCAGGACGGGUAACAGCGACAUCGGGAGGACGGAUGAUCACAGUGGAGACUCGUCAAGCAAUCGUGCGGCGUCACAUCGACCAAGUGCGCACCCGCACUGAAUCGUCUCCAGAUGAACCACCAGGAACCGACCCAGGCUUGAUCAGCAGAGACCGUACUCAGAGCGCACCGCCACUCUGCCAAGAGCCAUCCGCGAGCCCCGAAGACGCGGGAGAAUCUUCACCCCAAGAAGCGUUUCGAGACCUGGACCACCAGAUACCUGUUCCACCACUCGUGGCAUCCGGGGCAGGCCAAGUACCCAUGCAACCUGUUCGACGCUCCACAAGAUCCCGCAAACCAGUGCAGCGUUUUUAAGAGGGAAGAAAUGUUGCAAAAUAUGGUAUCAAACCGCCGCGUCAUGUGUGCGCUGUCAAUGCGCAGGCGCCAAGUUCUUUUUCUAUGUUCACUCCACCUUUUCCCUUUCCUCUUUCGCUUUAUAUAUACGUGCAUUAAACACCUGUGCGUUGUUCUCGGCUAA